CUGUGAGCAGUUGCUCAGAGCUGGGAGGUGUGUCGUGACGCCUGCUUUGGCUCUGUGAAGGAGACUCACCAUAGGCUGCUGAGUGGUGGGCUGGAAACAGAACGUAGAAGCCUCUAGGACCCAGCGGACAGACGGAGCGCAGGCAGCCUGAGCGGCUGAGUCACUGCAUGUGUCUGAGGCAGUCAGAAACAGAGCAGAGCAGGAGCAGAGGUGAUCUCACACUCAUCAGCACAGGAUAACACAACCAUGAUGGGUUGACUGGGGGAGCGCUCCAGAGGAAGUGUGCAUUCGGCCACCGCUCGCUCUGCCAUGGAGACCAACAAAGUUCUUCAUUUUGUGCCUUCGGAGGCGCCUCCUUCUGGGAUGUCCAAGAAUGGAUACUUUUUUCAAGAAAUGGAGCAGCGGGAGGCGGAGCAGGAGGAGGGCAGCGAGGGCCGAGAGGAGGGACAGGACUCUCCCAUCGCCAGCGGAGAUGACAUUCACCUGUACGAGAACCAGAUCAGCCCUGGCCCAGAUGCUGAUGACUCUGGAUGUGUGUUACUCAACACAUCACGAAGGUAUGUGAAGCUGAUGAACUUUGAGGAGGAGGUGCGAGCACAUAGAGACCUGGAUGGCUUCCUGGCCCGGGCGAGUAUCCUCCUGGACGAGACAGCUGCAUCUCUAGACGACGUGCUCAAGAGGAUGCUGCACCACGUGUCCCAGGACGCACACGCCUCGGAGCCUGGCUGCAACUUCGAGGAGGUCAUGAGCAUGUUGUUCACAGACGCAGGAGCUCAGGAGGUGAACGUUCACCUGCUCUCAGAGACCAUCCAGGGAGUGACAGCCACAGCCACAGGAGUCCGAUACCAACAGUCGUGGCUCUGUAUCCUCUGUAACGUCAAGAGUCUGCAGCGACGUCACGUGUGCAUCUCGCGCCUGGAGCGGCCACAGAACUGGGGUGAAAACUGCUGUGAAGUCCGCUAUGUCAUCCUGGUCCUGGCCCCACUCAAAAUGAAAAGCACGAAGACCGCGAUGGAGCUGGGCAGAACAUUCGCCACUCUCUUCUCCGACAUCUCUUUCAGACAAAAGCUUUUAGAGACCAAGACGCAGGAGGAGUUUAAGGAGGCGCUGGUGUUUCAGAGGCAACAGCUGACAGCCACCAAUACCCUGCCUAUUCCUCUGGGCAUGGAGGAGACGGACCCCCGCAGCCAGAAGCCCCUCAAGUGUAAAGAUUUCUUCAAAGCUGGUCGAGGGAUUUAUGAGGACUUCUGCCGGAGACUGCCUUUCUACAUGUCGGACUUCACAGAUGGUAUCGUUGGCAGUAAUAAAACGUUGCUCAAGUACAUGACGACGGCCAUCUUCCUCUACAUCGCCAUCCUCCUCCCUGCCAUCGCAUUCGGCUCGCUCAACGAUGAGAGUACGCGUGGAGAGAUAGAUGUCCGUAAGACCAUCAUUGGGCAGAGCAUCGGAGGGGUCAUUUACUCGCUGUUUGCAGGCUCUCCUCUGGUCAUCCCCCUGACCACAGCCCCUCUAGCCAUCUUCAUCAGCGUCAUUCGAGGUAUAUGCGACGACUACAACCUGGACUUCCCAGCAUUUUAUGCCUGCAUUGGCCUCUGGAACUGCUUAUUCCUUAUACUGGGAGGCAUCUUCAACCUCAGCCUACUAAUGAAGCUCUUUAAAAGGUCGACGGAGGAGGUCAUAGCACUGUUCAUUUCAAUUGCAUUCGUAGUUGAUGCAGUCAAAGGCACAGUUAAAAUUUUUCAGAGGUACUACCAUCCUCCAACAUUAUCGAACAGAAGUGUGGACCUGCACCGGAGCGUAGACGCGAUGGUGGCGAACAGGAGCAGUGUAGCAGCCGGCUUUGCUCUGAACGCGCUCCCGGAAUCCAUCAUUCACUGCAGUCGUGAGCGGCCGCUGCUGUGUAUGCUGCUGAUGCUGGGCACUUUAUGGAUGGGCUACACUCUGUACCAGUUCAAACGCAGUCCCUUCCUGCAUGCCAAAGUGAGGGAGGUGCUGUCCGACUGCGCCCUGCCCAUCUCCGUUCUCAUGUUCUCCUUCAUCGGCUCCUACAUCUUCAGUGACAUUGAACUUCCUGUUUUUAAAGUUCACAACCGGCCGAUCUUCAACGUGGCUCCUUUUGAACGUCUGUCGGCACUCAACGUAGUCAGCGCCAUGGGGCUCGGCUUUCUGCUGGCACUGCUCAUCUUCAUCGACCAGAACAUUGUAGUGUCACUGACAAAUGCACCAGAAAACAGGCUGCUGAAGGGCACAGCCUACCACUGGGACCUGAUGCUCUCCGGCCUCAUUAACAUCCUGAUGUCGGUGAUGGGGUUACCGUGGAUGCACGCGGCGUUCCCUCACUCCACACUGCACGUGCGGCAGUUGGCCUUCGUGGAGCAGCGUGUUGAAGGCGGACACCUCUACGAGACACUACUGUAUCCUGCUCCUCACUGAUUGCAUGAUUACUGUGUAACUAAGCAUUUUCUCUGCGGGGGGAAGAGGUGAAGGAGCUCAGAGGAGAUGAGAGGAUUGGUCUUAUCACUGCAGCCAUGUGCCAUGUGCAGAAAUCUAGUUAGCAUUCAGGCAGGAUUAAUCUGCGCAUGAAUAGAGCAAAUAAAAAACGCUAUACAGUGUUUAAAGGGCCCAUAUUACACUAUUUUCUGAUCUAUGUUAUAAUGUUGUUUUCUGGAGUUGUCUUCUGUUUCAUUCACAGAUGUUUAACACACAAAACCUGCACAUUAAGGCUGAAUUCUUUCUCUCAAACAGAAAACACUCUCUUCCACUGUGAUAUCAUGUGGUGAUACAGGAAGUACUCGACUGUGUUUUUAAACUCCAUACACCUUCACUAGAAUCCUUUGGAUAAUAUUAGCUCUGGAAUUGCCCAUCCCUACUGAACUAAAGGUAAAAGGAGCUGUUAACUUGAAAACUACCACUACAUGACAUCACAAGGUGGAACAAAGAAUUUUGAGCUUUGUAGGUAUAGCCAAACGAAUAAAAGGGUCAAACAUAUGUGAAUGAAACAAAACACAGCUCUAGGUAUGUUUUUGAGCAGAUAUCAGAAUUAUAACAUGUCUUAAUGCUCACAAGAUUCAAUUUUUCUAUAAUACCUUUUGUCUGUGCAAAGUGCCAUGAAUAGGACAAAAGGAGUGUUUAACAUAACUUAUGAUACACAUAUUUCCUCUGUAUUGGGAAUGUUGGAUAUUUAUUCACCCCAAUGUGUAUUCAGAUUUGGGAAGAAAUUAACUCCAAGCUGCAACUCGCUGUGAUUUUUAAUGCUGUUUGUUGAACCAAAAAGUAAUUUCCCCUCUCAGAUUGUUUAUUAGAAAUGACUCAAGACACAGAGGGAGAAAGUGGUGUUUUACAUGGAAGAAUAUGACACUGUCCAACAGAGUUAGAAUACUAAAAACAAAUCCACAACAUCCUCAUAAUGUGUAAUGAAGAGGCUUAUCUACAUGUUAGUUUGAAACAGACAAAUAUAUUUAUCAAGUCAAGGAUUAAUGGGAGACCACUUCUAACAGUCCAACUCAAAGGCUAUGUACCAGAUUUUUUUUUUUAAAUAUCAAAAACAGAACUAGUUCAUUUGUUUGCAGUUUGCAUUUACUUUAUGCAUUUUGGGCAUCCUUAUUUAUCAAAAUUACUUUAUAAGCACUUUUCACAACUCUCAGGGACCAGUAUGGAGUUUUGUUAUUACGGUAAAGCUAACAAGUAGCAUGCUAACACAUACUUCCUGAUUAUGGGUCAAUAAAAUGCAUUCUAAUUUAAUGCAGAAUGCUUGCAGCAGAUGUAUUUUGUCCCUGCUUAUGGAAUAUAUCUGUAUUAGGGCAAAUUUUGCUCAAAUACAUGGGGUAAAAAAAAAUCUGGGACAGGCCCUUUAAAUAAUGCCAAAUGUAAAUCUUUGUUUUCUCCCGCUCAUGCUACCGUUAUGAUUUGACUCUUUAAAGCAAACUAAUCCAAGAAACUAUUCUGUUUUUUAUAAUUAUUCAAUUAUAGACAAUAAUACUGUGCUCACUGCUCAUUGAAAGAAACAUAUGUAUCUAAGGUAUAAUGUAAUUAGUAUCAUUGAAGCCUCCCCUUUCCACCUAUGUGCCCUUGAAGAAUCCACUGACUUUCUACCAUUGUGUACAGAGGCUUUAUUUGAGCACAGCCAAUUAGAUGCCUUUAUAUUCAGUUCAGUGUUAUCUUUACAUUAUCUGAACAAACCAGUUUUAUGUCAGAAAUACAUUAGAAUUUCAAGCCAAAUUUCCUGAGGCUUUAAACAUGCAAGAGCAGGACUCAAAUUCUCUGCCUGAAUACAAAGUGUAAAUAUUAAUACAUGCUUUUGCUAGUCUUCUCCUGUCCUCACCUCUCAGCAACCCCUGAUCAGCCUUAAGUGGAUGGAAACCGUACUUUUGAUUAAGAUAAAUUCUCACUGUGACCUAAUUUUCUUCUUUACAGCUAAAAGCACCAAACAUAUAACUGAUGGAGGACUUACAUAAUGAGGCAUGUGAUCACAAGUUCAAGUAGACAAGCAACUUUAAUUUGAACAGAAAAGCCUUUGAUUACUUUCAAGAACUAUCUUAUACGAUAUUAUAUUUAUUCUCAGUUAUAGUCAGUUCUCUUGUCAUCAUUGGAGGGCAGAGUAGCCAUAAAUAUAUUUCACUUCCCAAAAUAGGAGUACUGAGUGGUCAUUACUUCAAUCCUAUAUUAUUACUGACAGCUAAUAGAGCUUUUCAAACCACUCUGGAGGUAAUCUAAAAAAUAGUGGAAUUUUUUUAUAAUUGCAUUAAAAAAAAUAAUACAUAGAGCUCAAAGUUAAGUUUUACACUCGGUAGCACAUGCACAAAACAGAAUUUAAGCAACCAUGUACUGUUAGAGAUUCUCCACUCAAGAUUUUUGAUGAUCAAUACAGGGACUUCACAAUUAACCAAUCAAUGAGGUAUUUUGAACUUGAUCUAAUCGUAAUUGUAAUACUUAUUCCAAAUAUUGCAAUUAGAUAAUUUUCCAUAAUCAUGCAACCCUAGUCAGUACUUAUCAUAAUUUUUUUGUUUGGUAAUAGCAAUAGUGAUGCUGCUAUUGAUCCCAUUAACAUAUAGUACAGAUACGUAAAAAAAAAUUCCCAAUCCAAUAAUAUGAGAUCUCAGUGCCAUAUUUGCUCUCAAUAAUAAUAAUGAUAAUAGCAAAACAACAUUAUU